AAAAGUCGUCAAAAACAACAAUCAUAGAGCUUUGUAGGUGGAGAAGAAGAAGGGAGGGAAGAAGAUUCUUUUGACCUUCCUUCCAUCACCUAUCUCUCCUUUUCUGUUAAUUAAUUUUAUUUUAUGAAUUCGAAAAAAAGAAACAUGAUACAAUUUCAGCAAUAAAAUCAUUUGACGUUCUUCUCCGUAAUCACGCGUUGAAAUUUUCUUACCUUUUCAUAUAAGUUUUAUCAUCUUCUUCGUCGUUUUCUCUCAUAUAUACACCAAUCCCUUCUCUUCCAGAUUCCUCUCAAAGUACGAUCCUUUCUAAUUAUCCCACUUUCCUGGAAUUGCGUCGUCAAUCUCUCUUCAACUGCACCAGAUUUGAUUGAUUUUUUUUUUAUAAAGAUUUUGAUCUGGGAGAACAAUAAUGGGUAAUUGUUGCGGAACGGCGGGAUCACUGGCUCAGAAUGAUAAUAAGCCCAAAAAAGGAAGGAAGAAGCAAAACCCUUUCUCCAUCGAUUACGGUCUUCAUCACGGUGGUGGAGAUGGAGGUGGCAAAGCUCUUAAGCUUAUCGUCUUGUCUGAUCCAACAGGUCGAGAGAUCGAGUCGAAAUACACGCUCGGGAGAGAGCUGGGUCGUGGUGAAUUCGGUGUUACGUAUCUAUGUACCGACAAGGAGACCGAUGAUGUUUUCGCUUGUAAGUCGAUUUUGAAGAAGAAGCUCAGGACGGCUGUGGAUAUCGAGGAUGUUAGGAGGGAAGUUGAGAUCAUGAGGCAUAUGCCUGUCCAUCCUAAUGUUGUUACUUUGAAGGAGACUUAUGAGGAUGAGCAUGCUGUGCAUUUGGUUAUGGAGCUUUGUGAAGGCGGUGAGUUGUUUGAUAGGAUUGUGGCCAGAGGGCAUUAUACCGAGAGAGCUGCUGCUGCUGUUACUAAGACCAUCAUGGAAGUUGUUCAGGUGUGUCACAAGCAUGGGGUAAUGCACAGGGACCUGAAACCCGAGAACUUCUUGUUUGCAAACAAGAAGGAGACUGCAGCUCUCAAGGCUAUUGAUUUCGGUCUCUCUGUUUUCUUUAAACCAGGCGAGAGGUUUAACGAAAUCGUUGGUAGUCCGUACUACAUGGCUCCCGAGGUGUUAAAACGAAAUUACGGUCCAGAAGUUGACAUUUGGAGUGCAGGUGUAAUUCUUUACAUUCUGCUCUGUGGUGUCCCGCCAUUCUGGGCAGAAACUGAACAAGGAGUUGCACAAGCAAUUAUUCGAUCGGUCCUGGACUUCAGAAGGGACCCAUGGCCUAAGGUUUCUGAAAGCGCAAAAGAUCUUAUCAGGAAAAUGCUUGAUCCUGAUCAAAAGCGUCGUCUUACAGCUCAGCAAGUGCUAGAUCAUCCGUGGUUACAGAAUGCAAAGACAGCUCCCAAUGUAUCAUUGGGUGAAACAGUGAGAGCAAGGCUGAAGCAGUUCACGGUUAUGAACAAGCUCAAGAAACGAGCACUCAGGGUUAUUGCUGAGCAUUUAUCAGAUGAAGAAGCUUCUGGUAUAAGAGAAGGGUUCCAAGUUAUGGACACAAGCCAAAGAGGGAAGAUUAAUAUCGACGAGCUAAAAAUCGGGUUGCAGAAACUUGGUCAUGCCAUUCCCCAAGAUGAUUUACAAAUUCUAAUGGACGCUGGAGAUAUCGAUAGAGAUGGGUAUUUGGACUGUGAUGAGUUCAUUGCCAUAUCAGUACACCUAAGGAAAAUGGGCAAUGAUGAGCAUCUCAAGAAAGCGUUUGCCUUCUUCGAUCAAAACAAUAACGGAUAUAUCGAAAUAGAGGAAUUAAGAGAAGCUUUAUCUGAUGAAGUUGGUACAAGCGAAGAAGUUAUUGAUGCCAUUAUUCGCGAUGUUGAUACCGAUAAGGAUGGAAGAAUAAGUUACGAAGAGUUUGUGACGAUGAUGAAAACAGGAACAGAUUGGAGAAAAGCUUCGAGACAGUACUCAAGGGAACGGUUUAACAGUAUCAGUCUGAAACUGAUGCAAGAUGCGUCAUUGCAGCAGGUCAAUGGUGAUACAAGAUGAGUGAAGCUGAAUCGGUGUCACUCAGAACUGGAAGACUAAAUCAAUGGGAUGCUAAUCUUUUUCUUCAUUUCUUUUUGGGUUUUUCUUGACACCACGAUUUAAAGCAUUUUAGGCAUAUAAAGUUGUAACGAUUUGUGUGUUUGAUUUCCUGGCUGAAGAGCGAGCGAGUACUGAUGAAGAGAGAACAAGAGUGUUGUUGGCCUUUGGCUGUGUGUAGAUAUUUUGUAUAAUCUUAUGUUGAUAAUGAAGAAUUGAAGAUGGUCAUCAAAUUUUCUUUUCA